AUGGGAGUUAACGGUGCAUUCGUUCGGUGCAGCAUCGACCGCGCUAACCGGCUGACCAAUGAAAAGACGUCAGUCUUAGUGCGGUGGGAAACACAAAAUGUUUCUAUAGUCCACUAUCUGGGACCCCGGGACCGAGCGUCGUAGGGGGAGCUACGCUAUUCUCAGGAUUAAAGACAGAUACCGUAGUAAUAACAGAAGAAAACUGCACGUGUCUACUAAGACUGUCACCCUGCACUCGACUUCGUUUAGGAGUGCUCUCUCUAUCAUUCUUCUUGCUUUCACCACUACUACCAUCACUAUUCUCAUCGUCAUUUUGGCAGCAACUUUUUGGCAGCUCUUCUUCUUGUCUGUCUCUCCGUCUUUUGUUGUGCGGGAGGUCCUCUGGCUCGAAGCUCUUGCUCUCUUCCACGCCAUGAUUCCCUUCUCGACUGCUGUCUUGGUCUCUGUCUUGUCCUCCUCUUGUUCCCUCUGUUCCUCCUCCUUCAUCGUUGCCACUCGAAUUUCCCUCAUCGCCAUCAUGAUGAUCGUUUUCGUUUGUACUACUAUCGAAAUCCCAACCUAUUGGCCGGGGUGGAAAUUGAUCCAUGAGCAGUCCAUGACGUUUAAAAACAUCACGAGUUCGUACGGACAGGAAACGAGCCAGCUCGAAAGUAAAUCGUCUCCGAAUCCUAUUCGUAUGAAAAGCCUUCAGGCGAAUCAAGGCUGUUUCGUCGGCGAAAUUCCCUUUGCAAAAGGCUUCGUAUGCCAAGUGGUUGGCGAUAGCUACGAUAAGUCGAUUGGUGCCUUUGCCA